AUGGCGCAGUUGCGCAAGAGAAGCUUUGCUACCUAUUUUCUUUGGGAGGCGCGUAAUCAGGUGCACCUCAGCCAAGAAUGUAUCAACGUCUUUGGGCCAACAACGUGGUCGGGGUUGUAUCUGUGCCUGAUCCGGCAGGAAUCGGUGGCGUUCGUGAUGCCGUACAUUGCGCACGACCAGUUUCACCAGUACUACGACAAGAUGAGCCCGGUCGAAACGCAGCUGUACCUGCGGAACCGACUGGUGGCUUUGAAGCGGGUGCACGACUUCAACGUGAUCCACCGAGACGUCAAGCUGAGCAACUUUCUGUACAACCGGAAGCAGCAAAAGUUUCUGCUCGUGGACUUUGGUCUGGCGCAGGACAUUAGCAGACGUGGCUGAAGAAAGUGCCGGCUGAGGACCGGUGUUGGCACUGGCGCUGGGGACGAGGGGAAUCAGCAGGGUAGCGAAGUCGUGGUCCAGCAGAAGCAGAAGAAGAUUAAGCUAGAAGCAGACAACCUGGAGAACAGUACAACACCGGCCGGUACGGAACCGAGCGGAAAGCAGCAGCAGCAGCAACCGCCGGUGGUUUUCAAAACGUUUUUGAAGCAAUCCAACCAAGCUCUCGAAUAUUACCAAGGAUCUCUACAGUUCGCCGGUCAAGUCGACUGUUUUGACAGUUCAAUUUAAAAAGAGUGAAAAUUUUUGACAGAGGGAAACGUCAUCAAAACCGUAACGCCUCAAGUCACUGAACAAAAAUUGGUAACUCUCAUUUUAAUUUUCCAGAAUGCUGCGAUGUGUACCGUGUGUACCGCGUUAUGGGGUCAAAAAUAAAUAGCCAGUGUACCCUCUCAUUUCCCUUCUCUCUGGUACUUACCGCGUAUAUAGUGAUAAUUUGGCGUUGUUAGACUUAAUUGAUAUGAAUGUUUGUUAGAAUAUGCGAUUGAGUGUCUGAAAUAAAAGUGGAACGUGCUCACCGGGCGUCUUUCCACCUUCAUCAAAAUUUCAUGCUUGAAUUCCAUGUAACCAGUCCAACUCCCGGCAGCCCUCAGCAGCUCAGAUAAUCGAAUGAAACCACGAUAAUCCGUCCGUUCCCAACUUGAAUGCAAACAAAACGACGACAUACAGCUGCAAGUGCUGUCUUCGAUAAUCGUAAGGCAGCGGGACAAAAUCUACAAGGGGGAAACUCCUUUUGAAGACUUCACACACUCAGCCGUGCUGAAGCAAUCCUGGUUUUGGAGUUUGGUCCGAAGGCGGGGAAGCAUUCUAUUUGAACGGAUGGCAUCUAUUUCCGUUGUCUUGUAAUUGAUACCGGAACUACCAAAGCACCACCGCAGCCACUAGCAAAGUCCAAUAAUGAUGGCGUAUAUUUCAAUAACUUUUGUAAACAUUUUUUUCUUGAAAAUUGAGAGUUGAAAAACGACAGCCGGAAAAACACGUCUUACUACACGCCCGGCUUACUACGAUCAUUUAUGAUCUCA